GAUACGGGGGGACAGUGCGAGGGAGAGAGCGCCCUGGAGAAAGAGAGCGAGAGAGAGAGGGGAGAGAGAGACAGACAGACACAGAGGGGGAGGCUGGUUCCUGAUACCAAAACACGGAAAAGCAGGGGAGUGAAGGAGAGAGAAAAAAGGCUGACAGAGACAGGGAGAGAGGGGGAGAAAACAGGGGAAUAACACUUAAAGAGACACAAAAAGCGUAGGUGAUGAAAGAAGAUAAUACUAUGUUCUUCUGAACAUUCCCCUUUCUUUAUCUCUCACGCUGUCACAUCGGAUUGGACUCCAAAGAAUCGACACCGCGUCUAUCCCAGACCCCAUGGGUUAACAGACUGUCCAGGAGAGGCUAACCGGUCAGCUAACCCAAUGAACAGCAACAGGACAGAGGACAUGGAGAUUUCGUCCCACUACCGGCAGCUCCUGCGUGAGCUCAACGAGCAGCGGCAGCAUGGCAUCCUGUGUGACGCCUGUGUCAUCGUGGAGGGGAAGAUCUUCAAGGCCCACAAGAAUGUCCUCCUGGGCUCCUCGCGUUACUUCAAGACCCUCUACUGCCAGGUGAAGAAAGGGGCGGAGCCACAUCACCAAACAACCGUCACUCACCUGGACAUCGUCACAGCGACAGGCUUCAAAGCCAUCCUGGACUUCAUGUACUCUGCCCACCUGGCGCUGACCAGUAAAAACGUCAUUGAGGUGAUGUCAGCUGCCAGUUACCUACAGAUGACCGACAUCGUCCAGGCCUGCCACGGCUUCAUCAAGGCCGCGUUGGACAUCAGUAUCCGCUCCGAGCUGGCCGACGAACUGGCCGACUUCGAGAUGGGGGCUGUCGCGGCCGCUGGGAUAUGUGGGGGAGUUAUAGGAGGAGGUGGGGGAGGUAUAGGGGGAGAAAGGGGAGGAGGAGGGUUAGGAGGGUCGGCAUCAGAAGCCCUGGUGUCCAUCAUAUCAGGAGGAAGCUCCUCGCCAUGGUUGGAGAGGCGUACGAGUCCGGCCAACUCUUCUGGUGACUCAGCCAUCGCCAGCUGCCAUGAGGGUAGUGGCAGUACGUACGGUAAAGAGGACCAGGAGACACCCAAGAGCCAUGAGAGCCAGGAAGACGGUGGCCACGACUCCCAGCACGCCUGGCCACAAGACUACCGCCCCGUCACUGUCAAAGAAGAACAAGCCUCACCCUCCUCCACUUCUCACCCCCGGGAGAGGCUCAGAGUGGGUGCAGGGGCACAGGGGGUGCAGGGGGGAGGAGGUGACGGGGCAUGGCAGCCCUCUGGGUCGGGGAGGAGGAAGAACAGGAAGAACAAGGACACAGUCAGACAUAUUACCCAGCAGACCGAGCUGGACAGAGACAGCAGGCCAGGCUCUCCACUGCCCCCCGUGAUGGGCGUGACUCGUUGGAGCUACAAUGGACAGGACAUCCCAGGUGCAGAUGUGACAGAGCCCAACAGCUCAGACAGUCGCGGAGAACGUCUCGACUUCUUCCUCAAACAGGAAGAAGCUCUGACAAUGGGCGAGGCCAACUUCCUGGGUGCCAGCGAAUCAGAUGGGGCAGGAGGUGGGACCGGGGGUGGGACUACACCUUCGGUAGCCAAUCUGAGGGCAGCAUUGAUGAGUAAAAACAGCCUGCUUUCGCUACGGGCUGAGAUGCUGGGAGACGAUAACCCUGUACUGUUUGAAUUCAUGCCCAAAGGAGGACACUCCCUUUCACUGAAUGACUUCACAGUGAUCCGUAAGAAGUUUAAGUGCCCCUACUGUAGUUUCUCUGCCAUGCACCAGUGUAUCCUGAAGAGGCACAUGCGUUCCCACACGGGCGAGAGGCCCUACCCCUGUGAGAUCUGUGGCAAGAAGUUCACCAGGAGAGAGCACAUGAAGAGACACACACUGGUCCACAGUAAAGAUAAGAAGUAUGUGUGUAAGGUCUGCAGUCGGGUCUUCAUGUCGGCAGCCAGUGUUGGAAUCAAACAUGGCUCCCGUCGCCAUGGUGUCUGUGUUGACUGUUCUGGACGGGGCAUGGACCACAACCGGGAAGCAGGCGGAGGCAUGUCGCCCGAAGAUGAGCUGUAUCCCAGCGAUCACCGUUUCCACAACGAUCAGGUGGAGUGCGAAGGCGACGGAGAGGGGGAGGAAGAGAUGAUGACGGAAGGGGAUGGAGAGAUGAUGGGAGAGGGGGAUGAGGAGGGAGGAAAGUGGAAGGAUGACUCAGGAAUGAUGACAGAGGGAGACGGAGCCAUGGAUAAUGACAAGGAGGAGAGCAACUCCUCUGCACCAGAGGGGGAGCAGCACAAUGGGAGCGAGAAGGAUUUCAGCUGGAUCUCUUAGGAUCAGUUAGGAUCUAUUGUGGAUCUUAGGCAGACACAGCUCUCUUUACCCAUGUGUACAUGGGCCUUCCUCUGAGUGGGAUAUGUGGGCGGUACCCGACAAUGAUCUAAACCCUUGACAGAUGCCAUACACACACGCAUCACACAUACACACACAAGAUGAGCCCUGUGCUGAUGAUAGGACUGCCAUGGCGGAAAGAGAACGAUUGAGAGAAAAAAAACAAAGUUUUGUUUGUUUGUUUGUUUCUAAUGAGGACCAUAUCAGAGUCUGUCCAUUGGUUUAGAUGUUCACCUCCAUCACACUGGGACCAAUGAGGACUCAUUCAACAUCUUAGCUGAUUUUGAACCAUGACUGUUUAUGGUCACAGUUGCCAUGGAUACGAUGGAUCUUUAACAGUUUGGGAAAACACCAAGGUGGUGUCUUGUUGCCAUGCAGUCCUAUUUGGGGACAGUCUCUACUUCUUUGGGGACAGUCACUACACCUGGGGACAGUCUCUAUAUCUGGGGACAGUCUCUACAUCUGGGGACAGUCUCUACUCAUUAUGGGGACAGUCUAUUCAUUUUGGGGACAGUCUGUAUUUAUUUGGGGGACAGACUCUAGACAUUUUGCGGACAGUCUAUUUAGUCGGGGGACAGUCUUUAUUUAUUUGGGGGACAUUCUCUAAUCAUUUUUGGGACAGUCUCUAUUCAUUUGGGGACAGUCUCUAUUCAUUUUGGGGACAGUAUUCAUUCAUUUGGGGGACCGUCUCAAUUAAUUUGGGGGACCGUCUCUAUUCAUUUGGGAACGGUCUCUAUUCAUUUGGGAACGGUCUCUAUUCAUUUGAGGACAGUUUCUAUUCAUUUGGGGACAGUCUUUAUUAAUUUGGGGGACAGUAUUCAUUCUUUUGGGGGACAGUAUUCAUUUGAGGACAGUCUAUUAAUUUGCGGGAAAGUCUCUAUUUAUUUUGGGGACAGUCUCUAUUCAUUUGGGGACAGUCUCUAUUCAUUUGGGGACAGUUUCUAUUAAUUUGAGGACGGUCUCGAUUCAUGUAUGAGACAGUCUUUUAUCUAUUGUAAAGUUGCACCCGUCAGGCAGCGGUUGGCCCAUUGUCUCCUGCAGAGUGAAACUGCCACAGACUUGCACUUUAACGUCGACUAGACUCCUGUAAAUGCUCUCAACCCGUGGUUUACAUGUUCAAUCUGAUUUUACCUACACAACUCGGUGACCGCACCUACCUUUAAGGAUAUAUACUGUAUGUCCUCAUGACUGUUAUGAUAUAUAAAUAUAUGGAUAUUAUAAUACUUGUGCAAAGUUUGCUGAUUACAAUAGCCUAUGCCCAGUGGAGGCUGGUGGGAGGAGCUAUAGGAGGACGGGCUCAUUGUAGUGGCUGGAAUUAAAUAACUGGAAUGGAGUCCAAUGUGGUUUCAAUAUGUUUGAUAUCGUUCUAUUGAUUCCAUUCCAGCCAUUACAAUGAGCCCGUCCUCCUAUAGCUCCUCCCACCAGCCUUCACUGCCUAUGCCUUUCAAUUGGUUCUUUCGACACUUAAGUUUACCAUGUGUUUCUGUUGAGCUGUGAUGAGAAUUACGAAAGGUUGAGCAUAUCUACAUACAAACAAGCCACAGCAAUUAGUGUAUUCAGCAAGAGAGGGAGUUGGAGAGAGAAGGAGAGAGAGACGUAUGAGAGAGACAGAGAAGAAGAGCGUGAGAGUGAACACUAUGCAGGGACAUGUAAGAUGUAAGUGUUCUUAAUUCUCUACUUUCAGAGAGAGGACACAGAUCGACAGGUAACCUAGCAGUUAAGAGCAUUGGGCACGUAACCGAAAGGUUGCUGGUUUGAAUCCCUCCUGAGCCGACUAGGUAAAAAAUCUGUUGAUGUGCCCUUGAGCAAAGCACUUAACCCUAAUUGCUCCUGUAAGUCGCUCUGGGUAAGAGUGUCUGCAUAAUGACAUAAAUGUAAAUCUUUACUUCAGAUAUUUCCUCUCAGAAUGAGCGAGAGAGAUAUAUUACACACACAAUGAUGAUGGGUGAAAACUCAUGCCAACACAAGCACACUAUGGACCUAUUCUACAUGGACAUUCCAUCUCUUUUUUCUUACCUUGAAUCUCAAGUUGUAUCUAUGGACAGCGGUUGUGUUUAGAAGCAGACUUUCUUCAAAACCUUUGUUGUUUUAUUAUAAGUUUUAUAUUUCACUAUAAAUACAGAAUAUGCACACUUUUACAUCUUAGUGAACCUUAAUGAAUGGUUCAUCUUUCUUUUUGGUGAUAAUGUUCAUUUCAGUUUGUAAAAUAAGUCAGGCUUCGGCUUAAGAUUCCACCCAGAGAGUGGCCUGUUCUGGUGAGUGCUUUAUGACGCUUUGUUUCGUUUCAAAAAGUUAUUUAUUAACAGACAUUUGUGGGAUUAUUGUACUACUGUAUAAAGACAUUCUCUCAGCUCCGUCUAACGCCUUCUGUAGUCACAGCGUGUGUGGAUGUGUGUGUUCGUGUGUGUGUGCAAGCGUGUGAGAUGUAUAUUGAUUUUCUUAAGAUGUUAAAACAUGUUUAUUAUGAUGAUCAGAACUAUGAAAUGAUGUUAUUAUUAUGAUGAUCACAACUAUGAUAUGAUGUUAUUAUUAUGAUGAUCAGAACUAUGAAAUGAUGUUAUUAUUAUGAUGAUCACAACUAUGAUAUGAUGUUAUUAUUAUGAUGAUCACAACUAUGAUAUGAUGUUAUUAUUAUGAUGAUCGCAACUAUGAUAUGAUGUUAUUAUUAUGAUGAUCACAACUAUGAUAUGAUGUUAUUAUUAUGAUGAUCGCAACUAUGAUAUGAUGUUAUUAUGAUGAUGAUCACAACUAUGAUAUGAUGUUAUUAUUAUCGUUAUUAAGUUCUGGAUGCUAAGCUUUAUUGUGCGUUUCUUUUUUAUAUUUGAUAUCUUGUAUUAGAAGAAGAGCUUGUGGAGAGCAAGCUAUAAGGUGUUUCUUAACAGUUCUAUCAUGCCAUCUCUGCUCUUCUGUUUUAUUUGUUUUUACAGAGAAAGAAGAAAAAAAUCAGAGGCGCUAAUUUAUUCUUAGGGCUCUGUUCAAUCAGAUCCUCUUUAGCUGGCAUCCUCAUAGCAGUUGUUUGGUUGGUAUCAGAGGUGGAACGGCUCUAGAGUUGUCAAAUCUACACGCAGCUCCCGGCAUUAUACCUGAAGUGACAUUGCCAUUGGCUGCACAGAGUCGCAUUAAGAGAUGCAGCCCUGUUUACAAGUUUGAACACUGGAAUGUGAGAUGUAAUCUACACCUUGAUUUAGCUGACACAAAUCCUCAUUAUUUCGUUGAAUGAUUUUCAUUUUGAGUGUCAUUAUUUCUAUACUACACCUUCGUUCUGAACUUCAAAUGCGAGUGGGACAGGUGUGGAUUCAUGAGAAGCAUCAAGGGCAGCUGCUCACCGAUUUGACAGCUCCAACGCAGUUACACCUCCAAAACAUCAGCUAUGCGAGUGUUGGCUAUCACCUGUUACUGCUUGACUGAAUCUAGGCCUUAGAUAUGGAUUCGACAUAUGUAUGGUAUGGCACAAGCGUCUAUAUUACUAACAUACACAAAUGAAUUAACAUCAUACCAAAAAUGAUCGAAUGCGUUGUAUCAAGUGCUUUUGUUUCAACGGUGCGUGUGCAGAUGUAGGUGCACAUAUUUCAAUUUAUUGUGGUCUAAUAAUUGUGUUGUAGUUUGGAUGUUGUUGUUUUUUGAAAUCAUGUAUUUUUUUGAAACAGUUUUCAAAGUGCACAUGCUGUGUGUAUAUAUACGGUAUCAUUGUAUAUGAAGGGCCUUGUGACUUGCUAGGCUAUAGACCUGCUGAAGAUCGCAUCUUUAACCCUCUUUUCUUUAUUGUCCUUGUUGCCCUGGUUUCCAAAGUUGUGUUCUACUGUUUAUCCUAAAUAUAAGCCCAAUUCCAAAUCUACCCCUGGUCCAAUCUACCCCUGUGCACUUUUUGUAAGUCUGAAAUGAUUAGGUAGGGGUAAAUAAUAUAAGGCAAAUGUCAACAUGGCCUAACAGAGGGCAAGAUUCUUACAGACCUACAAGACAUGUUUUGGGGUAGGGUGCCUAAAUGGAAAGUUGGCAUUUAUUGUCAUUAAUCUUGCCUUGGAGGCAGCUCUGCGGAGCGGUCAAUAGCUGGCACAGCCACAAAGUCAGACAAUCUGAAUUUAAACCUAACAUUAACCCUAAUCUCAACCACACUGCUAACCAUAAUGCCUCACCCGAACUUUAAAUUAAGACCAAAAAGCUAGUUUUUGUUUUAAUUAAUUUUUACGAUACGAACGUCUGCCUCCAGGGCAAGAUUCAUUACAAUAAACAUCAACCUCCACCUGAAUGCUAUGAGGGAAAGGGACAAAGUGGGCCACAGGGCUGCCUCUUGGAAUUAUAGUUGUGUAGCCACAGUUGGUUGCAAACAUUACCGUCUGCCACACUUCCAUUCCCAUCAGUCCCAGUGCUAAACACUGUAUCUACAGAACAACCCUCGAGUGUGUGUUUCAUUUCACUGAUUCCUGACGCCUUCUCCAUAUGUGAUGGCAAGCUUUAUUUAAGUUGUAUUAUUUAUUGUCUGUUAGCAAUUUCUAAUCUCUUGAAGGUUUCAGAAAGAAAAUGAAUGAUGUUGUGUGGAUAUUGUGAAUGUUAAUGGUUGAAUAUGUAGGGAUUGUCAAGAGCUGCCGUGUAUUUGGAAGGAAUAGCAGGGCUAUUUCUCUGACAUCCAUCCAGUGCUUUUCCACUCCAGACUCCUGUGACCACUGAGAUGUUUUUACCCACUUCCUCACCAUCACCUGUCUGCCUGCCGGCAUGUCUUCUUAUUCCUUGUCUUGGUGUUGUAAUUCAGGAAACAUUUGCCAUCCAAUCCCCUCAACAAUGUGCCUCGAUACAUUUUAGACGUGGGUGUGUUUCAAGAGAUAGGGAGAUACAGAAAUCUGAUGGAUAGAGAUUUUUAAAAUAUAUUUUAUCUAAAUCACAGGUGCAAAAAGUUGAGAAAAUAGUGAUUUUUUGAGAGACAUAUCAGCAAUUUGUUUUUGAGGACCUAUGUUACUGUGUUACAGUAUUCAGUAGAUUCUGUUCCUGACUGUGUUCAUUAACCCGUUGUGCCCUGAUUCCAUGGUCUCAACUGCAAGCCUUUGUCCAUUUGUCAUACCAAAGCUCUGUCUCUGGCGUCUGCACAAAACUGGUUCAUUUCACAUCUAAAACUGUUUGCUUUUCAGCAGAUAAAUAUUUGUAUUCUGCUCUUAGAUGCGUACAAAAUUGCAAUCCUUAUUUAGCCUGUAUAGCUUGAUUCACAUGUGCAAAUCACAAAGCCAUAGAUAUGGUUAUAUCUAGAUUUUACUAUAUUUCAAAAUUCUUGCAUUUUAUUUUAGAUUCUGUUCUUUACUAAGAGUGAUGUGUGUAUACCUUCAUAUAUAUAUAUAUACAUUUAUAUUGUUAUUAUAUGUAUUAUUUAUUUUUCAUUUGGCAAGGUGUCUUUCGUUUGUAAAGUGAGACACUUGAAACUUGACAGUUGUUUGUUGGGAAUAUUGUUCAAUAUGAUACUGACUUUAUAUUGAUUAUCAUAAACCUGUGUUUGUAACAAAGAUGUGUUGAAUAAUCAAACCCCUUGAUCUGUUUGGGAGGAUUAAAGUGAGCAGGUCGUCUGUAUAUGAUAGUACUGAUCACUUGAGCGUUUUUAUAGCCAAACAUGAACUUCCCUACCGUCCUGUUGUGAGGGCUAGCCUAAAGGGCUAACCCACGCCUCUUUCUAACUUCAUGUUUAGUGGAAUUAGCUUGACUAUUAUUUGCAAAACCAAUCAGUCUCAAUAAAUUUUGAAAUUGC